AUGUCGACUUCCCUCAUGGCUUUCCAGCCAGAUCGUACCCCUACCUCGAGCAGAUCCAAUCUAACCCAACAGAUCGAACAACAUGAGGGCGAGCGUACUCCUCGUUCCUUCAGAACUUCCGAGAGAGGAUCUCCGAAACCCAGAUCACUCUCCGAUGCUCCCAAGCCCAUGUUAUCUCCCUCGCCAGCCUUCCGUGAGCCAUUGCGACGAGUUUCAAAGGACGACUCGGUAAUUGCUGGGCCUAGCACUCCUCUCCGCUCUUCAUUUCACCACCGUGGCUUGUCUCUGCACUUACCAUCUCUCGAUAGCGGCGAGACAGAUAUGGCUGCCACGAUUCCUCGGGUACCUUUGUCCCCAAAGUUGGACUCUUCACAAAUCUAUGGCUCUCCAACAUCCAUGCUUCCUAGGAGGUCUCGUGGCAUGGACUACACAAGAGCCUGUACAAACCUGCACCAUUCCACUCUUGCAGAAGCCUCUCCCGACGCUUCACCGAUUACAGGAAGAGGCAUCUUGAUACCGAAUCGACGCAGCCUGACAAAUAAUGUUCUUGAUUCACCGAGCAACAACGCCUCAGCUUCACUGUGGUCUUUGACAAAUGAUCGAACCACCCUCUCCAGCUCAGUUAGUAGCAUUAAUAUGAUGGGUUCAGAUUCUGACUCGGACUCCGAUGACUCUUCAAAUGACAUGGCUUUGGAUCGUGAAACGGACGACCCGGUACUCAGCACUCCAGCAGCAUCCCGCAUGAAUGGCGGCAUGAUGUUGGGUUUGAUCAGUAGUCCAGGUAUGGACUGGAUGAACAAUCAAGCCUCUCCUGCUCAAGCGAGCCCAAUGAGUUUCCAUCAUAAUUUGAUGAGUUUCCGAAGAGCUCGCAUGCGCAAGGGAAAAAGUCAACAUAGCUCAAGCAGUGUUAGCAUGAACAGUUCCAAGCCUUCACCAGGUCCAUUGUCACCCGGCGUGUUGAAGAGCGUGGAAACGACAGGAAGUGGUUACUUUGGUGGGCUGACCAGGCAACAAGUGCAGUCGCGUAGAGAAAGUUUGAGCAUGGGUACGGACGGCCUUCAUUUGUCUGACAGCGAAGACAAUGGUACAACCAACAGCAACAACAAUAACAAAUCUCAUGCAGGACAAUCUUUGUCAGACAUGGAUGCUGAAGGGCCUCGUGGAGUGAUUCGACGAGCUGUCACACGAAGAGGCAAUCUACUCCCCAAGACUAAAGGAUUUGCUCGCAUACGAGCCGCACUUCUUGAGGAAUCGGCUCCUAUUGAGAGUGAGGCGCGUCGUGAAGCUGAAGUCAUUCGACAGGUGCAAGAGAGCGAUGCAGUUCCAUCACAGACAACUUCCCCAGUUCUGCAUUCGAAUAACCCCUUCUCGAAUGAGGCAAUCGAAGACUCGAUCGAAGACAUGGCUGUAGAUAUCAAAUCAAGCUUACCGGCUGAUAGUUUCAGUCGUCAAGCUGAGAAAAAUGGGGCAGGUUUGGGUUUCUGGAACACUUUCGACGAGAGAUACCGCACUCCACCUCCAGCUUCGGUUCAACGAGAAAAUUCAUCUGCUAUCAGUGACGAACCAUUUGACACACCUGGAUCUUCGUUGGACAACCCAGCCCUUCGACAUUUCAACCGAUCGCGAUCGAGAUCUUCAACUCCCCUUGCAACAUUACCACCUUCAGCUAACGAUUUCGCACGCCGAGUCAACAAACGACGACGUGACGACGACUUCGAUCCAUACUUCAUAAAGCGACGAGCAGUCUCUCCCGGAAUGAGUGUACAAAGCAGUCCUAUUCUACCGCAAAGCCCUAACAUGGCAAAUGACAAAUCCUGGUCUAAACUCGCACCAAAGGCAAACGGUCAAGGGGAUCGAAGCAACAGCGGAAGUAGUAUGAAUGGUGGCAAGAAGGUUGGUCUGCAAGGCAUGACUGAGACCAAUGAUGGCAUUAUGAGCAUGAGCAUCGACUGA